AUGGCGGAAACACUUACAAAUCCUUGUCCGUCCAAGGAGGGCUCGCUAGGAUGGAAGGUUGAGAGCAAGAAGCAUGGCAAGCUUGUCAAGCAACAGGUCUUGGUCCCUUUGAGCAUUGACCCUUCACCCAAGCAUCCGCCACUCACAGUCUCCGUCAGCCAAGAGUGUCUGGACUCCUACUCAACUUCCAAGACAAGCACCCAGCUCCUCUUUCAGACGAUCAAGCUGGACCUCAAGAAGGCUAAGCGCCUGGUCGUCCGCUUGCCCUUUGGCAAGGUCUUCCACCAUCUCCCUGGCAGCCUCUUCAGUAGCUUUUUGAAUCACAGAGGUCAGGCCUCUCCAAUGAGGGUGUUUAACCCCAUCAAGGACCAGUCCUUGAUGGGAGUAUGUCCCCCAUUGAUGACAGUUUCAUUGAUGGGGGGGUUGUUUACCCCCGUCAAUGACCGGUCAUCAAUGGGGGUGUUUACCCCCAUCAAGGACCAGUCAAAACCAAUCCUUGAUGGGGGUGUGUCCUCCCAUCAAUAA